UGAGAUUAUCCUCUCAGUAUAUGUAUCUCUAUAUAUAUAGAGCGCCCUUGCUGGGUGGUGUAAUCUAUCCAUCGUGUUUAACAUAUAUUUGUGUCUAGAGCUUGCCCUAGUAUAUAUAUUCACCCGUCUACAUCUAAACAAUCGUUCUGAUACAAAGGUCAUCCACCAUGUCCCGACCAACUUACACCCUAGCAGAAGGCCAGCCCCUCCCCGACCCCUCCGUGAGCCUCACCCUCCCUACCAUCGGCGGCGGAAGCCACACAACCCUAGGCGAUACUCUUCUUCUCGAAACCCUCGCCCACUUCAACCGCGAACGCAUUCCCGAACGAGUCGUCCACGCCAAAGCCGCCGGCGCAUGGGGCGAAUUCGAAGUCACCAACGACAUCUCCUCCCUGACAUGCGCGAAAUUCCUCACCGGGGUAGGAAAGAAAACCAAGGUGCUGUUUCGUCUUAGCACUACCGGAGGUGAAAAAGGUAGUGCGGAUACGGUUCGUGAUGUGAGAGGUUUCUCGGUGAAGUUUUUCACCGAGGAGGGGAAUCAUGAUAUUGUGGGGAAUCAUAUCCCGGUUUUCUUCGUCCGAGACCCUGUUCGAUUCCCCUCCCUGAAUCGGAGUCAUAAGCGGCAUCCGGCUACCAAUAGGCCGGAUUGGAAUAUGUUUUGGGACUUCCACACCUCGCAACCAGAAAGCGUGCAUUCCCUGCUCCAUCUCUUCGGCACGAGGGGCAUUCCCUCGUCCAUUCGCUCGGUCACAGGUUUCGGAGUGCAUACAUUCAAACUCGUUAGUGAGGAUGGAUCCUUCCGAUACUGCAAGUUUCAUUUCAGACCUGUUCGGCCGAUUACCACUUUCUCGGGUGCAGAGGCUACCCGGAUGGCCGGUGCAAAUGCCGAUUUUCAUAAUCAGGAUUUGUGGGAUGCCAUUGCCAGAGGGGAGUUUCCUGAGUGGAAGCUGUAUGUCCAGGUUUUGGAACCGGAGCAGGCGGAGAGGUUUGGGAGGAAGUUGUUUGAUAUUACCAAGGUUUGGUCGCAGAAGGAGGUGCCCUUGGUGGAGGUGGGGAGGAUGAGGCUGGAUAGGAAUCCGGAGAAUUACUUUGCAGAGAUUGAGCAGGCGGCGUUUUCGCCCUCGAAUAUGGUCCCCGGUGUGGCGAUGACUCCGGAUCCGAUGCUGCAAGCGCGUAUGUUUGCUUACCCCGAUGCGCAACGAUACCGUCUCGGAGUCAAUUACACCCAGCUGCCUCCUAAUCGCGCCAUUUGUCCUCUCUACGCCCCCUACGAGCGCGACGGCUUCGCUACCACGACGCGAAACUACGGCGGGGACCCAAACUACGUCCGCAGCUCCCUUUCCCCUGGUGUGGUGAGUCGCACUGUCGUGCAGGCCCGUCAUAACGAGCGCAUUCAGUCGUUUGUGUUGGCCCAGCAUGAGAUUCAGAUGGACGAUGAAGAUUUUGUGCAGCCACGGGACCUCUGGAACCGGGUGUUUGAUGAAACUGAGCGACGUACUUGGGUCGCGAAUGUGGCAGAGACGCUAGUAGAAGUGCCGGCGCCGUUGAGGGAGGCGGUGGUGCAGAUGUUUGGGCGGGUGGAUGCCAGGUUGGCGCAAAUGUUGGGAGCCAAGUUGAAAGAUAUUUCGCGACUGUAGAAUGGCUGUCUAGUCUGUGCUAGGGAUAGAGGUGUCUGGGUUAGCGAAUCAAUGCGUUUAUUGUGUUUUUUUCGAACGGAUCCGAUAGUCGAUAUCUUGGGACGGUAGCAAUAGCUUGCAGAUCCGCUAGACCAGAUGCGGUAAAUAG